CGGCCGCCGGGACUCCACAGCCGAGCCCCAGGGCUGCGGCGGCUCCCUCCGCGCGACCCGGCGGUCCCAGUUUGGCCGCCGGGAACCGGCUCUGCCCGCACUUCGGCCCUGCGGAGCCUAACGGGAGCGCCUGGUGCCCGAGCCGGCAGGGGCCAAGAUGCGGAGUUGUGUGCCUUGAGCCGACCCUAUGACCCUGAGCACGUUGGCCCGCGAGAGGAAGGCGCCCCUCGCCUGCACCUGCAGCCUCGGUAGCCCCGACAUGAUCCCCUACUUCUCCGCCAACGCGGUCAUCUCGCAGAACGCCAUCAACCAGCUCAUCAGCGAGAGCUUUCUAACUGUCAAAGGUGCUGCCCUUUUUCUACCACGAGGAAAUGGCUCGUCCACACCAAGAAUCAGCCACAGACGCAACAAACAUGCAGGUGAUCUCCAACAGCAUCUCCAAGCAAUGUUCAUAUUACUCCGCCCAGAAGACAACAUUAGGCUGGCUGUAAGACUAGAAAGUACUUACCAGAAUCGAACACGCUAUAUGGUAGUGGUUUCAACUAAUGGUAGACAAGACACUGAAGAAAGCAUCGUCCUGGGAAUGGAUUUCUCCUCUAAUGACAGUAGCACUUGUACCAUGGGCUUAGUCCUGCCUCUCUGGAGUGACACCCUAAUUCAUUUGGAUGGUGAUGGUGGGUUCAGUGUAUCAACAGAUAACAGAGUUCACAUAUUCAAACCUGUAUCUGUGCAGGCAAUGUGGUCUGCAUUACAGAGUUUACACAAGGCUUGUGAAGUGGCCAGAAUGCAUAACUACUACCCAGGAAGCCUAUUUCUCACCUGGGUGAGUUAUUACGAGAGCCAUAUCAACUCAGAUCAAUCCUCAGUCAAUGAAUGGAAUGCUAUGCAGGAUGUGCAGUCCCACCGGCCUGACUCUCCAGCUCUCUUCACAGACAUACCAACUGAACGUGAGCGAACAGAAAGGCUAAUUAAAACCAAAUUAAGGGAAAUUAUGAUGCAGAAGGAUUUGGAGAAUAUUACAUCCAAAGAGAUACGAACGGAGUUGGAAAUGCAAAUGGUGUGCAACUUGCGAGAAUUCAAGGAAUUUAUAGAUAAUGAAAUGAUAGUGAUCCUUGGUCAGAUGGAUAGUCCUACGCAGAUAUUUGAGCACGUGUUCUUGGGCUCCGAAUGGAAUGCCUCUAAUUUAGAGGAUUUACAGAACCGAGGGGUGCGGUAUAUCUUGAAUGUCACUCGAGAGAUAGAUAACUUCUUCCCAGGAGUCUUUGAGUAUCAUAACAUCCGGGUAUAUGAUGAAGAGGCAACGGAUCUCCUGGCCUACUGGAAUGACACUUACAAAUUCAUCUCUAAAGCAAAGAAACACGGAUCUAAAUGCCUUGUGCACUGCAAAAUGGGAGUGAGUCGCUCAGCCUCUACUGUGAUUGCCUAUGCAAUGAAAGAAUAUGGCUGGAAUCUGGACCGAGCCUAUGACUACGUGAAGGAAAGACGAACAGUGACCAAGCCCAACCCCAGCUUCAUGAGACAACUGGAAGAGUACCAGGGGAUCUUGCUGGCCAGCAAACAGCGGCAUAACAAGCUCUGGAGAUCUCAUUCAGAUAGUGACCUCUCAGACCACCACGAGCCCAUCUGCAAACCAGGGCUAGAACUCAACAGGAAGGAGAUCACCACUUCAGCAGACCAGAUUGCUGAGGUGAAGACCAUGGAGAGUCACCCACCCAUAUCCCCUGUCUUUGUGGAACAUGUCGUCCCACAAGAUGAAAAUCAAAAAGGCCUGUGUACCAAAGAAACAGUGAUCUGCUUGGAGUUUACUUCUAGGGAAUUACAUGCCGGACAGAUUGAAGAUGAAUUAAACCUAAAUGACAUCAAUGGAUGCUCAUCAGGAUGUUGUCUCAAUGAAUCAAAAUUCUCUCUUGACAACUGCCAUGCAUCCAAAGCCUUAAUCCAACCUGGACAGGCCCCAGAAAUGGCCAAGUUCCCAGACUUAACGGUUGAAGAUUUGGAGACAGAUGCUCUGAAAGCAGACAUGAACGUCCACUUACUGCCUAUGGAAGAAUUGACAUCUCGCCUGAAAGAUCUCCCCAUGUCCCCUGACCCUGAGUCACCAAGCCCUCAACCCAGUUGCCAGGCUGAAGUCUCAGAUUUCAGUACAGAUCGCAUUGACUUUUUUAGCGCCUUAGAGAAGUUUGUAGAACUUUCCCAAGAAACCCGGUCCCGAUCUUUUUCCCACUCAAGAAUGGAGGAACUGGGUGGAGGAAGGAGUGAGAGCUGUCGUCUGUCAGUGGUAGAAGUAGCUCUUCCUGAAGUGACGACUGAUGACCAGAGAAGCAGCUCUUUGAGUAAUACUCCCCAUGCAUCUGAAGAGUCUUCAAUAGAUGAGGAACAGUCAAAGGCAGUCUCAGAACUGGUCAGCCCCGAUGUUUUCAUGCAGUCUCACUCAGAAAAUGCAAUUUCAGUCAAAGAAAUCGUCACUGAGAUUGAAUCCAUCAGUCAAGGAGUCGGACAGAUUCAACUGAAAGGAGACCUCCUAUCCAACCCAUGCCAUACACCAAAGAAGCACACUGUCCAUGAGCUGCCCCUUGAGAGGGCACAGGUCCUGGAGAGCAAACCUGGAAAUCUGGAGCAGAAUGAGGGUUCCUGCACAGCCCAGCCCGAACCAGCCAAAGACUCAGGGAAGUGGGACCCAGAUGGCUGCCUAACCACACACUCAUUCACCUCAGAGUUGGAAGAAGAGGAACCAGCUGAGGGGGAGCAAGAGCUCUGGGGCCCAGGGAUGCACCCAGGUGCCAAGUGGUGCCCUGGGUCCGUGAGGCGAGCCACCUUGGAGUUUGAGGAGCGCUUAAGGCAGGAGCAAGAGCACCAUGGUGCUGCCCCUGCUUGUACCUCAUUGUCCACUCGCAAGAAUUCCAAGAAUGAUUCUUUGGCAGACCUAGCACCAAAAGGGAAGAGUGAUGAAGCCACCCUAGAACAUUCAUUUGUUCCCAAGGAACCAGAGAUGAACAAGGGCAAAGGGAAAUGCAUUGGGUCUGAAGCUGGCUCACUACCCCAUUCUGAGCAAAAUGCCAUUGUUCCAGCACCUGAGCUGCUGGAGUUUCACCCCUUGCCAGCUCCUCAGGAGGGCCCAGUGUCAGAUACUAGAACAAAGCUGGAAGGAGUUGUGAAGGAGCAGGGGACUGUGGUUUCAUGCCAGGGAUCUGAGACACAGGCAGUCCCUCUUCCCCUUCCCAAGAAGAUAGAAAUCAUUGAGUAUACCCACACAGUUACAUCACCCAGUCACACUGGGCCAGCGGGUGACAUAGCCACCAGUGAAAAGAGUGGGGAGCAAGGACUGAGGAAAGUGAAAGUGGAGAAGUCCAUCACUGUCCUCUGUGCACUGGAUGAAAAUCUGAACAGGACUCUGGACCCCGACCAGGUUGCUCUGCACCCCGAAGUGCUACCUCUGCCUCAUUCUUCCUCUCCUGAGCACAAUAGGCCCACCAACUCGACCUCCACGCUGAGCAGCCCCAAAGACUGGGGCAACAGCCCAGCAACAGCCCUGAAGACAGCAGCACCUUUUGUUAGUCACACAACCCACGUACCAUCUGCCAACUUGGAUUACCUGCAUCCCCAGACCGUGGUUCAUCUGCAAGGCUUCACAGAGCAAAGCAGCACCACAGACAGUGAGCCCUCUGCAGAGCGGGGUAGCUGGGUGGGAAGUCAGGAGGGUCCCCUCUCCAGUGGCAAUGAAGUGCCAUACAAGGGCUCCCAGUUAAGUAGUGAAGACCUAAGUUUAAAUAGCAAACUUGGUGACAAGAUUAGGGAGUUACAAGAAAAACUGGACCCAUCACCUGUAGCCUGUCGACUCCCACAUAGCUCUAGUAGUGACAAUGUACAGGGUCUCAGCCACAGCCCCAGUGUGGUAAAAGAGCACGCUAAAGAAAUCAAGUCCCAAGCCAUUUGCCAGGUAGGGCUCACCAAACCAUCCCAAAUGAGGCGUUCAGCUUCCCUCGCCAAGUUAGGUUACUUGGACCUCUGUAAAGACUGUCUACCGGAGAGGGUGCCUGUCUCCUCUGAGUCCCCUCAUCUCAAAUUGCUUCAGCCCUUCAUCAGAACAGACUCAGGCAUGCAUACCGUGGAGGCCCAGGAGCCCCCAGAAAACUCAGAUGCCUCCCAGAACCUAGAGCCCACCAAGUAUUUUGUAGAGCAACUCAAAACAGCAGAGUGUAUUGCACAGAGCAAGCCAGUGGAAAGGCCCCUUGUGCAGUAUGCCAAAGAAUUUGGUCACAGUCAGCAGUGUUUGCUCCCCAGGGCAGGACCUGAAUUGACUAGUUCUGAAGGAGGCCUUCCUUUGCUACAGACCCAGGGACUGCAGUGUGCAGGCCCAGCUCCAGGGCUGGCUGUGGUGCCCCGUCAGCAGCACGGCAGAACUCACCCCCUUAGGAGACUGAAAAAAGCAAAUGAUAAAAAACGGACAACGAACCCCUUCUAUAAUACCAUGUGAUUCUGAGCCUACACGUGUGACUUUCUAAAAGAAAUGUUUGUAAAAGGGGCAGGUGUAAUAUAUAAGGAACAUGCACUUUAUUGGUUAAUUUUAUAAUAUUUUUGUCAUUUUACUGUUCUGGCGCAUGCAGGGUUUGGGUUUUUUUCUGUGUGUGUGUGAAAGAGAAAGAUUGAUUUGGACGGCAAGACCAUUUUAUCAUUUUUUAUUUUUAGAAAAUUGAAACCUCAAAAAAGACUCAUUUUCAAAGAACACCUUUAUCAAAGGCAAAUUGCUGUUUUUCAGUCAACUGCCACCUGCUCCUCAUUUUGCCCUCUGAGAAAAGGCAUGCUUGCCUGAUUGAAGAAGGAAGCAGAUGGGGAGGGUGGGGAUGAAGCUGGAAAUUGGAAAUGCUCCCUGGGCCUGUGUGAUGAUGGUUUGGUCUCCAGACCUGAUGCAUUGGAUGGGCUGAAGGGCAGCCAGACGGCAGAGUGCUUUCAGCCAGCCCAUUGGAGUUCCUGAAGUGGGCAGGUUCUUUGCUUUCAAAGGGGGUCUUCCAGAAUCCAUUUCUUCUCGUAUUCCAGAGUAUAUCAUUACAGAAAGACAUGAUAAUGGCUGGCUUUCUAAACUUAUCAAGCAAAUCGGUUUUUUCCAAGCAAAUAAUUUUUAAUUAAAUUAAAAGUGAACCCCCCCUAAAUGAAAUCUGAGAGGUCCUCUGUAGAGGAAAGCAUAAGAGAAGGAGGCCGUUAAGUCGGGGUUGGAGAGGUUGCUGCCCAGUAUCUUCUGGGUCACUGGGCUCCCCACAGGUGGUCAUCCUGGCCCUCCAGCCAGGAAACGUGCUCUGCAGCAUCCUCUCAACCAAAACACAGUAGGGACAAGUUUGAAAAACAGCAAUUGAAAGUCAGUGUGUUCUUAUAAAAUGAAUACAUAUGUAGGGUUUUAACCCUUCCAUUACUUGAAUAAUUCUGUGGGCCUUCUAAGUUUAACGGCCAUAUUUUUUUCCAAUUUAUUUUCCUCCCUCAUGCUGUUUCUCCCAGUGCUGCCUUUUUUUUUUAAUUUCAUAGAUGAUCUUUGAAUUGUUACAUAUGUAUAACCUCCAUUGAAUGCAAAGUUUUCUUUUCUAUACUAUCACUGUUAACACUUGACAUAAGUUCUUUUUUCUUUUCCUGGAAGAUUUGUCAUUUCUCUAGUUAUACACAGUAUUUAUGUACAUAAUGUUGACACUUUCUUACAAUGUUUUGUUGUUGACGUUGUAGGGUCUUUUUGAUUUAUUCUUAAGAAGGAGUAAAGAUGCAACUGGAAAACACACAGAUACCACAGACAUCAAACUGCUGGGUGUUGGUAGGAAUCUGCAGAGUAUAUUGAUGGUGGUUUUAAUUGUUUAAAUGGAGACUAAUCACCAGCUCCUGCCAAAUUAUGUGUUAGUAACUUCCUCCUCAGAGAAACCCCUAAAGGCUCCCAUUAGAUCACAGUUUGACUGAAGGCUGAUUGCUCUUUGAGACUGAAAUCCCAGAACGUUAUUUGCCCAUAGCUAAACCACAGCCAGGGAGUGUGUACGGGUGUUCCUGCUGCCCAGGGUGGAAGCUCCUAAUGGAUUAGGCUGAAAAGCUGCAGGGAGGCCUUGGCCAAGGGCAGACACCCUUAAUGAUUCCAUUCAGGAUGCUGUAGCUUUGCUGCUAUUGUGGAGAUCCUUAACACAGGAGCACCUGCCACAAGCCUAUUUCAGCUUCUUACAGAAAGCAUAUUUAGCCUGGAAUGAAACACCCUGUGCAGCUCCUCACAACUGAAGAGGUCUGCAGAUUUGCUUUCUGUUUGCUUUGGUUGAUGUCCACAUUGCUGAGAGAUUGACGGAGUACAGACUUGAGAUUUAGGUUUUUGGUUCAUCACAGCACUGAGAGGAAAAGACAGAUACACAAACUGUCAAGGUGAUGUCAGAGGCAGGAGUUUGGUGGGGGCAGGUAGCAGGGUGACCCAAAGGAGAGAGAAAAAGUGAACUGAGGCCACUCAGGUGCUCAACAGGAGCUAUGAAUCCAGUUGCCGUAGAAGCCAUGCUUGGGUCUGACAUCACUGCCAGGAGGUGGAUUGGACAGAAACUUGCUAUAAGUGUCUUUGUGGUGUAGUAAUUAUAUGUACUUGUGCUAUCCCUAAAUAGUUUCCUUAAAUGUUGAAAUGUA